CAGCCACCAACGUAAUCCUUUUGCCUGUUCACCUUUGAGCUGGUUUUAGUUGUUGUAGUGCAAGUACAUUGAAGUAAUUAGUUAGUUGUGAAGGGCAAUCAACUUGCAUUUCUGGCUCAUCAGCUCAGCAAAUGUAGAGUACCUGCUUUUUCCGAUCGUUUACUGAGUGACAUGUCUGAAGAUGCACCACCGGCUCCUAGCCGAUCACCAGCGUCUGUGGGUGCAACCGCUGUCACCUCGCAGGCGAAUCUGAGAGCCUUUCUUGAGAAGCUGGCUAGACGACGUAAACGAAUCUCCUGUUCUGCCAAGUGUCGGCAAACCAUUGAGGACACUUUGAGAAAGCUUGGUGGAAAACAAUUGGCUGAUACAGGACGCAUCGGUUUGCAUGAUUUGAAAGAGAUCCUGCGAGAGCCUCCUAAAGCUGUGCCUGCACAAACCCUCCGGGAAUUUGUGGAUGUAUCGACAGCCUAUGAUGUUGGAGAUGGAACCGUGGACCUGCAAGAAUUGAUGAGCUUUGCUUUCCAAACUGAACCGGGAAUGUUGGAACGCAUGGGCUGGUUUCUGCCUUUGUCGCUGCUUUUGGUUUGGAUGCUCUUGGGCCCAGCAAUCUUCUGCCCAGUGGAGCAGUGGUCCUACCUCGAUGGGCUUUACCUUUCUGUGUUGAGCCUAUCAACAGUCGGGACAGGGACAAACAGUGGUCUGUCCGCGCAGGUGUAUCCCACAUCUCAAGGGGCUCAGAUUUUUCUCCUUGUGUUUGUCCUGGUGGGAACAGUGCUCACCAUUUGGUUUUUGCUCGCGUUGUCACAGACACUUCUUUGGUCUCACGAGUUGAAGCUUUUAGCCUUCAUCAACCCAAGGGACACCCCGGAUUUGUUGGCACAGGAUGGUCAUGGAGCAACGAAAGGCGGUCUGCCCUUGGAGAAUUUGGUCGGGGACCAUCCAGCAGUCCUUCCCAAACAGCAAGCAUCAGGUAGGGAUCAUGUGGACGUUGAGGGAGGGCCCCUCAAGGAGGAAGCGGAAAAGCCCAAGUCAAUUCUUCAGAUUCACAAGGAAAGUUUGAGGCAAUGGGCAAAGCCGCGUGCCAAGAUGCUGGAGGCCGGAUGCUUUUGGAGCAGCAUCAUAUUUGAAAGUAUUUUCACACUAGCUGCCGGAGUCGUAAUUGCACUUGUAACCUCCACAAGUGCAUCGUUUCUGGAUGCUUGCAGCUGGGCUGUCCUGACCAGCUUGACUGUUGGCUACAUGCAGAGCCCGCUUGGAGAUAAAGUUAACCAAAAUGUGGCUCGAGGUUUGGAAGUUGCCUACGUAUUGUGUUCCGUCUUCUGCAUCUUGCAUAUCAUGUUCAGGAUUGGAAGAAGGAACCUUGGAAAGCAAAGGGCAGACUUCGAGCUGCGCAUGAAAGAACGCAUUUUGCCAGCCGACCUUUUGGUUGACUUGGACAAGAAUGGCCUUGGAGUAAAUCGUCUGGAAUUCCUUUGCGCAGCUUUGAUGACGUCAGACCGUGUGUCUGGACACGACUUGUCGCUGGCUCUUGAGAUGUUUCAGAAACUUGACCCGAAUGGCACCGGCGUCCUUGGCCAUCCUCAACUUGAAGCAUUCCAACGCGUCAAAGCUCCAUUGAGCCUUUCCGAACUGUUGGAUUCUCCACAGCUGCAUUCCCAACUGCAGACAAUGCAAUUUCCUGCCCGGAAGUCCAUCCUGGAUGAGAGGACCAGUGCAGUGCUUCAGGAAGUGUACCAGGAUUAUGAUGCUGUUCGUCGAAGCCUAGAUGCAAAAGAUGAAGAACUCCUUGAAGCACUCAGGGAGCACAGCGCCAGUGAGCAGGCUAGAGCACAAGCAGUUGCACAACGAGAAAGUUUGCGCAAGGAGGUGAUGCUUCUAUCACAGAUGAAAACGGACUUGGCCCAAAGGUUAGACAAGGAAGGCCGGCAGAGCAAGGCAGCUCAGACUACUCUGGAUGAUAUGAAAAGCAGGAACCGUUUGCUUGAGCAGAAGCUGCGAGACUUGCAGUUGCAGCAUGAGGAGGUCAACAAGCGCUUGACGAGUACAACUCGGCAACUAAAAGACGUACAGGAGCUCAGCCAUGAAUACCAACGUCGUAUUCAGGAGAUAGAGCACGACAUUCAUGACUUUCCGCGACGGCUGCAGGAGCAAGCUGAUCGUUUGCAACAUGAAGCAGACACAAGGGUUCAUCAGGUUCGUUUGGAAGCUGCCGAGCAGAACUUGGAAAGACAGGGUGAGAUGCAAAGCGCCCAAUUGGAGCUGAAGGCCUUGUCAUCAUCCAUGGAAGCGAUGCGUGGGCAACUCAAGCAGUCACCUUCUCCAACCUAUGCAUUGGAGACCGCAGCCCGACCUUUGAAGACUGGACUUCAACCCUGGGAGGUCUGGGGCCCUCCAGCAAUGCGAACCAGUGACAACAGUCUGUUGUCCAACGGGAAGGUGAAGGAACAGCUUGAAUUCUUGGACGCACAGGUCAGAAAACAAGUGGAGCAUUUGAGCUCGCAGGUCCAAAGACAUGCCGACUCCAUUACAGCAGAGGCGCAAAGCUGACUGAAGACCAGGACCUUCCCAAACACUGAUGAACUGAUGGAGUACUUCUUUUUCUUAGACAACUCAGCCACCACUCUUCCAAGAAUUAAGACACGCACAAUUAGUGUCAGCAUGUGUUAGCUGAAGCAAUGCUGCACGUGCGCCCCAGGAUGGAAUUGAUACUACAGUGAUAUCGAUGUGUUUUGGCUUCUUGCAGCAUUGGGCAAAUUUUAAGACGGCUUCAACUUCUGGAGUGCAGUCUCGAAAGAGAGGCCAAUGAAGUACUCCGCAUUUGAAACGACAGGAUGGCCGUCGUGUUGAACGACGCCGGAAAGCUGUCUCACAAGUGAUGCCAAUGAGCUCGCAAAGGGUUAAUGUAUAAUGUAUGUUAAUGUGACAUAAUGUGACUCAUGUGUCUGCCGACGGCGGUUGAACUCAACUGCUGUGCGCCACUCGCAAAAGCCCAUGAGAUGUUCUCUCUCCGGAGAACAGUUUGCACAAUUUUUCGAGUUGCAGUAGUGAAACCUACGUGUGGA